AUGAUGAACGCUUUCGUAUCGCUCAGUCAGGUGUUCAUUUCCAUUGUCAUUACUGUUCAUUUAAUGAUUGUGUGCAAGAAAAAGAAAGCAACUCAAAUUGAGACGAAUGUUACUCCAACCCCAAUCCCGAUACCAUAUGAAUCGAAUACUGAGUCCUGUAGUGCAUUGAGUCCAGCAAAAGGAGUGACCACUUCUGCUACUCCUGCUCCAAAAACUGCUUCAAUCAUUGGAAAAACACCAUCUGUGAAGGCUGCACCUCCAGAAGAAGUGAAUAAAACGGAGGACAAAAAGACAGAGGCUGAUAACAAAAAAGUAGACGUCCGAGAGAAGGAAAAGAAACCAGAGAAGUCUUUGAAUACAGCAUUCAACGAACGACUGAAGGAGGAUCAAAGUGCCGGAGUAUCUGAAACUGUUUGA